GUAUUCUGGGUAACUUGAAGCUGGAGUUUCCUGCUUCCGCUCGGUGCUUUCAGUGGAACCCGGUACAGAACCAGUGUUCCCAGUGUUCCCAGCGAGCCCAGCGGACACAGCGAGCCCAGCGGAGAGCGUGAGGAGGCCGGAGGUUCCGUUAAAUUACCGGGAGCACCGGGACAGACGGCGGGGAAAUGGCGAAGACGUACGACUAUCUGUUCAAACUGCUGCUGAUCGGUGACAGCGGCGUCGGUAAAACCUGUCUGCUGUUCCGGUUCAGCGAGGACGCCUUCAACACCACCUUCAUCUCCACCAUCGGAAUCGACUUUAAAAUCAGGACGAUCGAGCUGGACGGCAAGAAAAUCAAACUUCAGAUUUGGGACACAGCAGGUCAGGAGAGGUUCAGGACCAUCACAACAGCCUAUUACAGAGGAGCCAUGGGCAUCAUGCUGGUGUAUGACAUCACCAACGAGAAGUCCUUCGAUAACAUCAGGAACUGGAUACGCAACAUCGAGGAGCACGCGUCUUCAGACGUGGAGAGAAUGAUUCUGGGAAACAAAUGUGACAUGAACGACAAGAGACAAGUGUCCAAGGAGAGAGGAGAGAAGCUGGCGAUCGAUUACGGAAUCAAGUUUUUGGAAACCAGCGCGAAGUCCAGCAUCAAUGUGGAGGAGGCCUUUUUGACACUUGGCAGAGACAUCAUGACCAGACUCAACAGGAAAAUGAACGACAACAACCCGUCAGGUGGAGGCGGGCCGGUUAAAAUCACAGAGUCUCGCUCUAAAAAGAGCUUCUUCAGGUGUACGCUGCUGUAGGCGGAGCCUCCGCCCAGACCGCCGCCUCCUCCUCCUCCUCCUCCUCCUCCUCCUCCUCCUCCUGGCUGCUGCAGAGCUGAACCUCCCGCCGCAGGAGGAACAAACCUGUGGAAACAUGAAGAAGAAAACGUCUUCAUGUUGAAUCUCAGAGCUUCCUCUUCACUUCCUGCACGCCCUCCUUCUUCUUCUUCUGCUUCUGCUUGUAACGCUCAGCGCAGCCGGUGAAGGAGACGCAGCCAGUUGAAAGUGUAAGUGAUGGUGAUGAUGAUGAAGAGCAGGACAGUAAGAGAGAAAUCUGACUUUUCAUCCAAAGACUGAAUAUUUAAAGACUGUUAUUACUUAUUAAUACACUUUAAAUUACAUCAUCACAUCAAAUUAACAGAAUAUGUUACAGUUAGUGUUCAUUAAUAACUCAUUUAAUUAAUUAAUUUUUAAUGUCUUAAAAUCUAUCGAUUGUUUUUUAAAAGCUUUGAAGUUUAUUAAUUUCUUUCUGUCUCCUGCUAAAAACUGAAGUGACGUUUGUAUGAAGCUAAAAAUCAUUUAAAUAUUCACUUUUUAAAUGUAUCAAUAUGAAAUCAUUAAUGAUUAAUCACUGAAAUGAUUCUGCAAACAAAUAUAGAUAAUAAUCACGUUAUUGAUCGGGAACAGUCUGAGGGUUUUUCUGCUCCGUCAGCUGAAAAACCUCGUACCUCCGUGUUUGUCUCUGACGUCAUUUCUUCAGUCUUCUUCUGUGGUGCAGGACCAGGAGCUCAGUUUUCAUGGUGUCAGCGUUUCUUUACGGCCGAUGACGUUCAGAUAAACCUCGUCGCUUCCUUUCUCAAGAGGUCUGUUCGUGUCCAGUGCGACCCGAACGGGCACGGCGGGAACCGGCGGUCUCACGAGAACCCGGCGGCUGUUCUGAGGCCGAGUGAAACCGUGAAGUCGUCCUUUAAGGGAACGGCCUUCGUUUGUAGCUUGCAGGUGAUGUUUCAGCCGGUGCCGGUCGGUCUUCACUGAGUCGCUGUUUCCAAAGAGUCAGCUGACGGGACGGGCGGAGAUCUAGAGGCUGUUUCUGGGUCAGUUUGUCAGACGCUUCCUUCCUGUGCGAGAGAAGAAGGCGGUUACUGCAGGAACACAUCCCAUCAUGCGGCAGCUAAAGCUGCGUAUCAAAGCUUCACAUGUUUCUGAAAACUGUCCAGAAACAAAACGUCGCCACAAAGUUCUGCUGCUUCAACGGCAAACAGGAAGAAAUCUGACCCUGAGGAAGCUUUCGGAAACCUCAAGGACUCGCGGAGCAACGUGAUCUAUAGAUACAGGUCUGCAGAUAAAAUGAAGCAAGACGUGCGGGAAGUAAAACUGACGUCCGUUUGUAUUUUUAAUGAAGUCAUUUUCUAUAUUUUUGUAUUUUAUCUCGUUUCUUUGAAACCACUCGACGCUCUUUAACAGCGAAGACGUGCCGAUUUUCUUUUUUAACAUUUCAGAGGAAUUUUGAUUCAAGUGUUUUAAUUCUUAUUUUUGUACGAAUCUGAAAUAUUUCGUGUCUUAAGAGUUUUAUUAUUAUUAUUAUUACGCAGCUGUCGUGUUUGAGCGUUCAGGUCGGAUCAUCUGUGUCACUGCAGCGACUGCACGCUAAAACAGAUCACAAAUCAAUCAUUCUAAUAAUCAAUCAGCUUUUUUCUCUCUUUAAAUGAUGAAUUAACAAUUUAAUUUGGAAAUAAAACAUUCAUUUUGUAAUUCAGUUAUUAAUCCGUCUGAAGACAGAUUAUUGUUAAUGUGAUUUGUGUGUUUGAGUUCAUCAAUCAAGUUAUUAAGUGAUUAUAAUGAAACUGUAAAGAAAUCUUCUUUAGUCGUAAUAUAAAUAUAAAUAUGGCCGCCGUGGAUCAGCGGCGGCGACACUGAACAAAGUCACCAAUCAGCUUUCACGCUGACAUCGUUCCAGCUCGCAGCGUUUUUUACUUUCACACCGGUUUCUUACAGUGUUGUUGUGAUGAAGAUGAAGAUGAAGUGAAGGUUUGUUCUGUACGAACGUCUGAUCGGACGUUUAGAGCUUCAUCAUCAUCAUCAUCAGUGUCGCCUCCAGCUGCACUUCCUGUUCUGUGUUUGUGCUUCAGUCGGUCGUCUGAACAAACUGUCUCCGAGCAGACCGACGACGGCGUUUCCCCAAAAGCUUCAUUCGAAGCACAUCCACCUGAUCAAUACUGAUCAAUACUGAUCAAUACUGACGGACGGCUCAGAAGUAACAUUUAUGACAAAUAACUGAUCUGCCCGUUUAUAUUUGUCUUUAAUUUCAGGUUCCUUUAUUAAUAAUUUUGUUUCUGACAUUUUGAAUCUUUUAUUCACCUUUUGACUGAUCAAUCAAUCAGAACUCAAUCGAUCAAUCAGAACUCAAUCGAUCAAUCAGAACUCACUGAGGGCUGUUUGUGUUCUUCAUGCUUCAGUGUUUCUAAGGAAAACAGAGUUUAUUCUUCACAUUUAAUAAUUACAUUUUUCUUUAGUUUUGUUCAAAGUGAUCAGAACAGUCAAAAACAGAUGACAUCACUUCCUGUUUCAUAACCACACAGGAAGUCAAAUAAAACUGAAAGCAACGUGAACACAAACGGCUGCCGGUGUUCAAACUGAUCAAUAACAGCCUGAAAACUUUCACUUCAUCGUUUUCCUGCUGUCUCUGUUUUUCUGUAAAUGUUGCUGUUUUUGACUUGAGUCUGGUUUGUAAAUUCUGUCUUUUUAUUUGUACCUUUGCUAAAACAGCGCUAUGCAAAAAUACACUCAUUCUGUUACUGAACUCUCUGAUCAGACAUUAUCAGACGUAUUGAUCCACAGAACAGAGGAGGAUGAAGGCUGCAUGAACAUAUUAAAGAAACAUUUUUGAGAAAAAAUAAAUUUUUACUUAAA